GGAGGCCAGUGUCCAGAUGGGCAGGAGGCCGAUGCACACAAGGCCACCAGCACCAUGGGGGGUGUGUUUGGAAGGGCCCGGGUGGCCCCUCUGUGGACCGGCCAGCAGGAGCCCAUGGUGGGCACCUGGAGCCGCCUGCCUGCCAGCGCCGGUGAUGCUGGUGGCCCCACGUGGUGGGCUGGCACGGACGGCGGGUGUCAGGGAAUCCUUGGUGGGGACGACCAGCUGAGCUUUACCAGGGAGCCGGAGUCGGGGCAGGUCGGGAACUACAAGCGGACCGUGAAGCGCAUCGACGACGGCCACCGCCUGUGCAGCGACCUCAUGAGCUGCCUGCACGAGCGGGCGCGCAUCGAGAAGGCCUACGCGCAGCAGCUCACCGAGUGGGCGCGGCGCUGGAGGCAGCUGGUGGAGAAGGGGCCACAGUAUGGGACGGUGGAGAAGGCCUGGAUGGCCUUCAUGUCCGAGGCGGAGAAGGUGAGCGAGCUGCACCUGGAGGUGAAGGCCUCGCUGAUGAAUGAGGACUUCGAGAAGAUCAAGAACUGGCAGAAGGACGCUUUUCACAAGCAGAUGAUGGGCAGCUUUAAGGAGACCAAAGAGGCUGAGGACGGCUUCCGGAAGGCACAGAAGCCCUGGGCCAAGAAGCUGAAGGAGGUGGAAGCAGCAAAGAAGGCCUACCACGCAGCCUGCAAGGAGGAGAAGCUGGCCAUAUCGCGCGAGACCAACAGCAAAGCAGACCCGUCCCUCAACCCGGAACAGCUUAAGAAGCUGCAAGACAAAGUAGAAAAGUGCAAGCAAGAUGUGCUGAAGACCAAGGAGAAGUACGAGAAGUCCCUGAAGGAGCUGGACCAGGGCACCCCCCAGUACAUGGAGAACAUGGAGCAGGUGUUCGAGCAGUGCCAGCAGUUUGAAGAGAAGCGGCUGCGCUUCUUCCGGGAAGUCCUGCUGGAGGUUCAGAAGCACCUAGACCUGUCAAACGUGGUCAGCUACAAGCACAUCUACCGCGAUCUGGAGCAGAGCAUCAAGGCUGCCGACGCAGUGGAGGACCUGCGCUGGUUCCGCGCCAACCACGGGCCUGGCAUGUCCAUGAACUGGCCUCAGUUUGAGGAGUGGUCCGCAGACCUGAAUCGAACUCUCAGCCGGCGAGAGAAGAAGAAGGCCGCUGACGGCGUCACCCUGACCAGCAUCAACCAGACGGGCGACCAGGCUCUGCAGAGCAAGUCUAGCAGUGACCUUAGCAUCCCGAGCAACCCCGCACGGUCAGCACAGUCGCUGUCCAGCUACAACCCCUUCGAGGACGAGGACGACACAGGGAGCACCGUCAGCGAGAAGGAGGAGAUUAAGGCCAAAAACGUGAGCAGCCAGGAGAAGACCCAGAGCUUUGCCCCCGACUGGUCGGACGAGGAGUCCAACAACCCAUUCUCCUCCGCGGACGCCAAUGGGGACUCCAACCCCUUUGAGGAGGACACCACCUCGGGGACCGAAGUGCGGGUGCGGGCCCUUUACGACUAUGAAGGGCAGGAGCACGACGAGCUGAGCUUCAAGGCCGGGGACCAGCUGACCAAGAUCGAGGACGAGGAUGAGCAGGGCUGGUGCAAAGGACGCUUGGACAACGGGCAGGUUGGCCUGUACCCAGCGAACUACGUGGAGGCCAUCCAGUGAUGGCCCGGCUGGCUGCGGCGGGGCGGAGGCCGCGGCCCAGGCACUGCCCCGUUGACCGCCGCCCGGGCAGCACCACCUCCAGUGCCCCGCGCUACUUUUCCUGCAAAAGAUGUUGGUUCCCGGCUCUUGGCUCCAUGGUGUCUCUUGAAGGCAGCGAGCGGGUCUUUCCACCCGGGACUCGGCACCCCGACCACGCGCAGAUGGAGCCGGAGCGCAGCCGCGGCGC